AUGAGGGCGAGUUUGAGUGAGGCGGAGGAGUCGAUGUCGAGUUUGAGGGUGAGGCAUGAGGGUGAGUUGAGGGAGUUGGCGGGUCGGUUGGUGGAGACGGAGGCGUUGUUGUCAGACUCGAGGGGGGAGCUUGAGGGCUUGAGGAGUCGGUACGAGGGGGAGUUGGGGGAGUUGACGGGUUGCUUGAGUCGGGCGGAGGAUUCGUUGUUCGAUUCGGAGGUUCGACAUGAGGGCGAGUUGAGGGAGUUGAGGGGCCGCUUGAGCGAGGCGGAGGCGUCGCUGGUCGAUUCGAAGGAGCGACACGAGGACGAGUUGAAGGGUUUGAGGGAUCGCCUGCUGCAGGGCGAGGUGUUGUUGUCCGAGUCGCACGCGGCGCUUUCGGAGGCGAAGGAGAGCUACGAGGGUGAGUUGAAGGCGCUCCAGAACAGACUGCUACAGGCCGAGCGGUCUCUGUCUGGGUCGAACGCGAGCCUCUCGGAAUCGAGGGUGUAUUACGAGGGCGAGUUGCACGCGCUGCGAGAGCGUUUGAGCGAGGCGGGAGUCUUGCUGUCGAACUCGAAGAGCCAGUAUGAGGACGAGUUGGGGGUUCUGCGAGACCGCCUGUUGCGAACCGAGAACUCACUGCACGAGUCGCAAACUGGACUCUCGAACUCGAAGAGCCGCUACGACGGCGAGUUGCGCGCACUUCAGGGCCGCCUGUCCGGGUCCGAAGCCUCGCUCUCGGACGCGAAGGAGCGCUACGAGGGCGAGCUGCAGGCCCUGCGAGACUGCCUGCUGCGCACCGAGGCGUCUCUGUCCGGGUCGCGCGCGGAGCUUUCCGACUUGAGGGCCCAGCACGAGGACGAGCUGAACUCGCUCCGCGGCCGCCUGCUCGAGGUCGAGACCUCCCUCUCGGACAGCCGGUCGCGCCACGAGGACGAGCUGCGCGCGCUGCGCGACCGCGCCUCUCGCGCCGAGCUCGCUCUGUCCGAGUCGAACGAGGCCCACGCGCUGCGUCUGGACCAGAGCGAGCAGGCCUACUCCGAGCUCCAAAAAAAAUACCGCUACAUCAUCAACGAAUGCAAGAAGAACGUAGUCAAGAUGCUCGAUGAACAGCAGACCUACAAGGACGAACUCUCGAGACUCCGCUCCAAGGUCUCCGAAUACAGUCGCAAAAUCAUCGAUCUCCAGAACAACAAGUCCGCCGCCGAACUCAAAGCGGAAGUCAUGCAAGAACGCGUCAACGACCUCCAGCGCGAAAGUGUCCAACUAAGACAAGAAAUCAGCCAAAUCGACAAAGACAUCCAAGAAGCCGAAAACUCCCUCCGCUUCAUCGUCGACUGGUUCGACCAAGAGGAGGACUCCGAACCCCCUCCCCUCGACGAAGCCCAGCCCAGCGAGUUCCGCCAAUACGCCCAGACCAAAUUCGACAACAUCUACAAGUUCUACAGGGUCAUCGUUCAACGCACCGCCGAACUCCAAGACCAACUCGAGGAAUUCUGUCAAACCGUCUCCUACCUCGACCAACAACUCAAAUCCAAAGUCGCCGAACAGUGCCACUACCUCCAAAUCAUCGGCGACCUCCGCUCCAAACUCGACGACCUCCUCCUCCUCCUCGCCCUCUCCUGCCCCCUCCCCGACCCCGACGAGCCCCUCGACGAACUCCCCGAAUCCUGGCGCCAAUACGUCUCCUCCUCCCUCCAACUCCGACCCGCCUCCACCCUCCUCCCUCACCUCCAAGACAAGACCCGCCACCUCGCUCGCCUCUGUCGCAAGGCCUCCCUCCUCCAACGUAAACUCCUCGCCUGCUCCAACGACCUCCACAGCCGCCCCUCCCUCGAAGCCCUCCUCGACUACGCCACCCUCUGCUACAACAUCCUCCUCACCUUCCAAGACGGCCGCCGCGCCUCCGCGCUCAAAUCCCUCGCUCCCCCACCCAAACGCCAGAAAAAGGCCAAGUGGCACCUCAUCUUCCCACUCGUCCUCAUCGCCACCGUCUUCGGCUUCAAAUGCGCCGCCAAAAACACCUGUCCACAACACGCCGACCGAUCCUCUCGGUCCCUCCACGCGUGCUACACCCACUCAUAGCGGCCUCUCCUCCUAACAAAUCGAUACUAAUAAAAACCUUCA